AAGAGUCUCCUCUGCCGGGGGAUGAAGUGAUGCUCCGGGCUCUGACUGCCGUGUUUGGGAUGGAUCAAAACAACGGUACAAUAAAGAAGGAGAAGGCGUGUCAGGUGGUGGAGAAGCUUGGGUUGGUGCUAGGUGAGGAGGAGAAGAUCAUGUUUGACUUGCCCGGCGGUGGGUUGGAAGAUGAAAUGCCGGACGGAAAUGGGUUUAUUGAUGCCAAGGGGCUGAAGAGGGUGCUGCAAUGCUUGGGGAUGGACAAUGGGUGGGACAUGGGUGAGAUUGAAAAGAUGUUGAAGGUUGUGGACUUGCAUCUUGAUGGGAAAGUAGAUUUUGCUGAGUUUGAAGUGAUGAUGAGAUAAAUUUAACGUAUAAAUUUCUCCUAUCUAA